CCAGUGAAAUAUAUGUCCUGGUAAAUCAUUACAUGAAUUGGACUGAAGCUCAGAGAUACUGCAGACAACAUUACACAGACUUGGCCAUGGUGAGAAACGAGACUGAGAACCAGAAGAUUAGAUCAAUGUUUAAUAAUACGUAUUUUUCAAGUUUUUGGAUCGGCUUGUACAGAACCAGAUCUUGGUCAGAUAAAAGCAACUCUUCAUUCAGCAACUGGAAACCUGGACAACCAGAUAAUUACAGACAGAAUGAAUCCUGUACUGCUGUGUCAUUUAAUGAUUCUGGGAAAUGGACAGAUGAAAAUUGUAGCCAUGCUUUUCCAUUCCUUUGUUACAGCACAAUGCCAUCAUUACCCUCUCAUCAGUAUCACUUUGUGAGUGUCAAUAAGACCUGGACUGAAGCACAGAGAUACUGCAGAGAGAAUUACACUGACCUGGCGACUAUUGAUAACAUGGAGGAAAUGAUCACACUCCUUAACACAGUAAAUGGCAGCUACUCAGGUUUAGCCUGGAUUGGACUGUAUGAUGAUGUGGACAGCUGGAGAUGGUCUCUGGAUGAUGAUGCUUUCUACCAGGAGGGAGAGAGAGACUUCAGAGAAUGGUACCAUCAACCUGAUAACUACAAUGGAAAUGAGAUGUGUGUUUAUAUUAGAUAUGAUGGAACCUGGUUUGAUGGAGACUGUGGAACAUAUUUACCUUUUGCUUGCUAUGAUGGUGAGAAUAUUUAA